AUGAUCCUCGAAUCCGCCAAUGCGCAGGAUGCGCGGGUUGAGGCGCUAUGGACCCAGCUCGACACCCGAAAACAGGGCCAUCUCGACAUCAAUGGCCUCAAGCGCGGCCUGCGCAAGAUUGACCACCCGCUCAAGAACGCCGACCACCUCCUGAAGGACGUGCUGAAGAGCGUCGACACCGAUGGCGACGGCGAGAUUUCCUACUCCGAAUUCCACCGCUUCGUCCGGCAGACCGAGCACGAGCUCUGGCAGCUCUUCCAGAGCAUCGACCGCAACAGCGAUGGCAGGCUGGAAAAGGGCGAGCUGCAGACGGCCUUUGUGCGCGCAGGCCUCCGCGUGCCGCACUCCAAGCUGAACCAAUUCUUCGCCGAGGUCGACAGCAAUAAGGACGGCGUCAUCAGUUUCGAAGAAUGGCGCGACUUUCUUCUAUUCAUACCCGCCGAAACCCCAAGCCUCAAGGCGGUGCUCUCGUACUACUCGUCGACGGUGCAGAUGAACCCGGAGGGCGACGUCGCUGUCAACGACGAGCUCAUCAACGGACUAGGUACUUGGCUACUCCACGCUUUCUUUGGCUCGCUCAUCGCCAUUGCAAACUCCCACUCCACCCCCACCACCCUGCCCCCACUCGAGCGCGAGAGUGAAACUUCUGCAUUGAUGCCACCGGCCCCGCAGCGCCCAGCGACCGUGCAGCAGCCCCUCCUCCCGCCCGAAGUAGGCCUCGUGGAAGCCUCGACCGCCGCGCCCGAGAUCGCCGAGAAUUUUUGGCAUGCGCAUGUGGAGCCGGUGCUGACUGCUUGCGUCCCGAAUCCAGGCUACUUUGCGGCGGGAGGUGUCGCUGGCAUCGUCUCGCGUACAACCACCGCUCCCCUCGAUCGCUUGAAAGUAUAUCUUAUCGCGCAAACAAGCACCGCCAAACCUGCUGUACACGCUGCGAAAUCGGGCGCCCCCGUCUCGGCCGCGAAACAAGGCAUCAUGUCCCUGGUGAAUGCUACCAAAGAGCUGUGGGCUGCCGGCGGAAUGCGCAGUCUCUACGCCGGCAAUGGCUUGAACGUCGUCAAGGUCAUGCCGGAAUCAGCCGUCAAAUUCGGCGCAUUCGAGGCAUCAAAACGCAUGUUCGCCAAGAUCGAGGGUCAUGGAAAUCCGCGAGACAUCCACACCUGGUCGAAAUUCAUGGCCGGCGGCUUCGGAGGAAUGGUUUCUCAGGCUGUGGUAUAUCCAUUGGACACAUUGAAGUUCCGCAUGCAAUGCGAAACCGUCUCCGGCGGUCUUCACGGAAAUAAGCUAAUUAUAGCAACCGCCAAGAAGAUGUGGAUGAAGGACGGCAUCCGAUCCUUCUACCGCGGUCUGCCAAUGGGUCUUUUUGGAAUCUUCCCCUAUGCGGCCGUCGACCUAGGAACCUUCGAGUACCUCAAACGUGCCGUCACGACCUACAACGCCGAGAAACGUCAAUGUCACGAGGAACAGGCCGAACCAGGCAGCUUCAUGACCGCAGGCAUCGGUGGAUUCAGCGGCGCUUUCGGUGCAAGCCUUGUUUACCCAAUGAACUUGCUUCGCACGAGAUUGCAAAGCCAGGGCACGGUCCUGCAUCCAAGGACGUACACAGGUAUCAUGGAUGUCACGCGCCAGACGAUCAAGGGCGAAGGCGUCCGGGGACUCUUUAGGGGUCUUACACCUAACCUCCUGAAGGUCGUGCCGGCCGUGUCAAUCACAUAUGUCGUCUACGAGAAGUCCAAGCAAGCACUACAACUUCACUGA